AUGUCUGCCAGCGCCUAUGACCGACACAUUACCAUCUUCUCCGACAAUGGUCGACUAUACCAAGUCGAAUAUGCCUUCAAGGCCAUCACCGCAGCGAACAUCAUGUCAGUAGGCGUCCGAGGAAAGGAUUGCGCUGUCGUGCUGUCGCAAAAGAAGGUGCCGGACAAGCUCAUCGACCCCACGUCGGUCUCGCACAUCUUCCAGAUUUCUCCAUCAGUCGGCUGCGUCAUUACGGGCUCCAUUGCCGACGCCAGGGCAUUUGCCCAGAGAGCCCAGGGUGAGGCCGCUGAGUUCCGAUACAAGUUUGGGUACGAGAUGCCUGCCGAUGUGCUUGCCAAGCGUUUGGCCAACAUCAGCCAAGUAUACACGCAGAGAGCAUACAUGCGUCCCUACGGUGUUGCUACAACCAUCAUUUCCCUCGAUUCCGAGUUUGGCCCUCAGCUCUACAAGUGCGAUCCUGCCGGAUAUUACAUUGGAUACAAGGGCACCGCAGCUGGUCCUAAGCAACAGGAGGCCUUGAAUCACCUGGAGAAGAAACUGCGCAACAAGGAUUGUGCCGAGGGCACGUGGGAGGAUGUUGUGGAGCUGGCCAUCACAACAUUGAGCACAGUCCUGAGCAUGGAUUUCAAAAAGGGGGAGAUUGAGAUUGGCAUCUGCGGCGGUCCUCGUACUGAUGGAAAGGAGGGUACCAAUGCGGCUUUCCGGAUGCUCACCGAGGACGAGAUUGACGAGAGACUACAAGCCAUUGCGGAGAAGGAUUAG